ACAGAGGCUUUUACAACGUUUAAAUAAGACAAGAUCCUUAGGAAAUGAUGUUUUUGCAUGACUUCUCUAAGCUCCCUUCCAGCUCUAAACCAUGAUCAACCCCCUCCUAUGACAGUGCCCACAGGUGAGGAGUACUGGGGAAAGAAGAUAGAAGACAUGGCGGCCGUAAUCCUAGAAAGCAUCUUUCUGAAGCGAUCACAGCAGAAGAAGAAGACCUCCCCUCUGAACUUCAAGAAACGACUCUUUCUCUUGACCGUUCAGAAGCUCUCAUAUUAUGAGUAUGACUUUGAGCGUGGGAGACGAGGAAGUAAAAAGGGUUCAGUGGAUGUGGAGAAGAUCACCUGUGUGGAAACAGUGGUUCCUGAAAAAAAUCCUCCCCCUGAGCGGCAGAUCCCGAGAAAGGGGGAAGAAGCCAGUGAGAUGGAGCAGAUCUCUAUCAUUGAGAGGUUCCCCUACCCCUUUCAGGUGGUGUAUGACGAAGGCCCCCUCUACGUCUUCUCCCCAACAGAAGAACUGAGGAAGCGCUGGAUCCACCAGCUCAAAAAUGUGAUCCGGUACAACAGUGACCUUGUGCAGAAAUACCACCCUUGCUUCUGGAUCGAUGGGCAGUACCUCUGCUGCUCUCAGACAGCCAAAAAUGCCAUGGGCUGUCAAAUCCUGGAGAAUCGCAAUGGAAGCUUAAAACCGGGAAGCUCUCACCGGAAGACCAAAAAGCCUCUUCCUCCAACCCCCGAGGAGGACCAGAUUCUAAAUAAACCACUCCCCCCUGAGCCAACGGGAGGUCCCAACCCCACAAACGAGCUCAAGAGGGUUGUUGCCCUUUAUGACUAUACACCGAUGAAUGCAAAUGACCUGCAGCUCCAGAAGGGUGAAGAAUAUUUUAUCCUGGAGGAGAGCACUUUGCCCUGGUGGAGAGCUCGGGACAAAAAUGGACGGGAAGGUUACAUCCCUAACAACUAUGUCACUGAGGCAGAAGACUCCAUUGAGAUGUAUGAGUGGUAUUCCAAACAUAUGACCCGGAGCCAAGCAGAGCAACUGCUAAAGCAGGAGGGUAAAGAAGGUGGUUUCAUUGUCAGAGACUCCAGCAAAGCAGGAAAAUACACUGUGUCUGUGUUUACCAAAUCAGCUGGGGAUCCUCAAGGAGUGAUCCGCCAUUACGUUGUGUGCUCCACCCCUCAGAGCCAAUAUUAUCUGGCUGAGAGACACCUCUUCAGCACCAUUCCCGAACUCAUCAACUACCACCAGCACAACUCUGCCGGACUCAUCUCCAGACUCAAGUAUCCGGUGUCUCAACAAAACAAGAAUGCUCCCUCCACAGCGGGGCUGGGCUAUGGGUCAUGGGAGAUUGAUCCAAGGGACCUGACAUUCUUGAAGGAGCUGGGGACUGGACAGUUUGGGGUGGUGAAGUAUGGGAAAUGGAGAGGCCAAUAUGACGUGGCCAUCAAGAUGAUCAGAGAAGGCUCCAUGUCAGAGGAUGAGUUCAUUGAGGAGGCCAAAGUCAUGAUGAACCUGUCACAUGAGAAACUGGUCCAGUUAUAUGGGGUCUGCACCAAGCAGCGCCCCAUCUUCAUCAUCACUGAAUACAUGGCCAAUGGCUGCCUCCUGAACUACCUGAGGGAAAUGCGGCACCGCUUCCAGACCCAACAGUUGCUGGAGAUGUGCAGGGACGUCUGUGAGGCCAUGGACUACCUGGAAUCUAAGCAGUUCCUUCACAGAGAUCUAGCUGCUCGAAACUGUUUAGUCAAUGACCGAGGGAUUGUCAAAGUAUCUGACUUCGGUCUCUCCAGGUACGUCUUGGAUGAUGAAUAUACCAGCUCAGCAGGAUCCAAAUUUCCAGUUCGGUGGUCUCCACCAGAAGUCCUCAUGUAUAGCAAGUUCAGUAGCAAAUCUGACAUCUGGGCUUUUGGAGUUUUGAUGUGGGAAAUUUACUCUCUGGGGAAGAUGCCGUAUGAGAGAUUUAGUAACAGUGAAACAGCAGAACACAUUGCCAAAGGCCUCCGGCUCUAUCGGCCUCAGCUGGCUUCAGAGCGAGUGUAUGCCAUCAUGUACAGCUGCUGGCACGAGAAAGCAGAUGAACGCCCCACUUUCAGACUUCUUCUGAGCAACAUUCUGGAUGUGAUGGACGAAGAAUCCUGAGCUGUUCAGCCACCUCUCAGUUCCUCUCAUCCCCGCCCCCUGCUCCGUUUGCUCAUUCACUUUUCUCUGAAGAAAUUUCAGGCCUGGGUGGGGAGAGGGAGGGGGUGGGAGCAGGGAGGAAAGCCUUUAUGCUCCAUGGGUGGCACCAUACACCUGAGAAUGGCUCACACCUUUGAUCCCCAGGGACUUUCUCUGGCCUGGGCAAAAGCUGAGGAAUAGGACCUCCAUUCUUCAGAAGAUGCUGUUGCUCCAGGAGAGAAAAAUCCCUCCUAGCAGUAAGGCCAGAUUUGUACUGGAUGUGUGUGUGGAUGUGUGUGCAUAUGAGCAAAUAAACCCUUUGGGUGGCCUUAA